CAACAACCAGACACAGCAAAACAAAAAAAAAGAGAUUCACCUCCGUCAUGAAGGCAGUGAUCAUAUUAAUAUCAGCACUGGCUGCGUAUUCGUCGAGUAUCGUGGAUGGGGAAGACCAGAAAGCGCUGUUGUUAAGGCAGCCCCACCCCUCGGUUACCUCACCCCAGGGAAGAAACCCUAAAAUCAGAUGCCUGGUGGAGAGGAAUCACAAGGUCGGACGGCUGGUGCUAUCCUGGUACAAGAAGCCCCCUGCUGAGGGCAUGCGUUUGGUUUUAAGCCUCCGGUCCAAAUCCAAAGCCAGCUACGGAGAUGGUUUCUCAGAGAGGUUCCUGCCUGAAAUUGACGAGGACAGCAACAGCUUCAGCCUGACCGUGGGGCAGAUCGAGCAGUCUGACGCGGGAGUUUACUACUGCGCCGCCUGGUACUCUAACAGAUAUGUGUUCGGUGAAGGGACGGAGAUGGUCGUUUUAGGCAAGCAGCCCCCUCCUCGGAAGCCCUCUCUGUCUGUUUACCCGCCGGCUCACAAAGACCUGCGGGAGAGGAAUUUGGUGUUGUGCCUGGCGAGCCGGUUCUUCCCGAAGCCGGUCCGGAUCAGCUGGACGGUGAACGGCGCCGAGCCCGCGUUGCCCGGCUCUCAGGUACCGGAGCCGCUCGGUAACGGCGACGGCACGUUCUCGGCCUGGAGUCUGCUCGAGCUGAGCGGCGAGGCGUGGCACGAGGGCGCGCGGGUCACCUGCCAGGUGGAGCACGAGAGCAUAACCGCCGAGGAGCCUCUGACGAGAUCGACUGAGACGAAGAGCAAACGCUGUAAGAGAGGGCAUCAACCAUCAGGAUCGCAAACGGGCGGGAAUUGGAUUAAAACUUCUGACAACUCGACAGAUUACAGCGACGCAGAUCUGGAGCGCCCGUGGGGUAUUUUGAAGAUGGCCUCCUGUUGCUACACAAUUGUUUUAGUUCUCAGUGCUGUCUACGGGAUAGUGGUCUCCGCUUACAUUUUCAAAGAGAGAAGAGAGGCACAAGGGAAGAGAUGUGAACCGGAACCCAAACUCAAUGCCAAACCAAGGGGGCCCACGGGGAACUUCACGACCCACAGGAGGAAAGCUCCAGCCAUGCCAGGAAUUUAA